UAUGUCCUUACUGUCUAGAUUGGUAGCUCUUUAUCACGAAGGAUCUUUCACUUGGUAUCCUCGACGAUCUGUGCAAUUUUUUUCGAUCUUUUUUUUAAGCCUCGGUAGAAGUAAGUCCCAUUUUACAGCAUCACGAAGAUUGUUCUUUCUUCAUCGACUUCGUCAAGUUCGUUCGCCGCACGAAAGCAUCGGGGGGAAGACUUCGUCGCUCCCUGUAUUGGUCCUUUUCAGCAUUCUUGUGUUUCUUCUUGUUUCUUCUUGUUGGUCUCCUCCACCCGCCUUUCACACUGCCGCAGCUGCUGUGCCCUUUCUCGAGGAACUUUUGGUCGACGAGGAAUUCCGUGCGUUUCAAGAUGACGAGAUCACCUAUAUCCCGUGUAAAAACAUCCCCACCCCCAGAGUUGUCAUGCAAUUCUGCAUGCCGAAAAAGUUUCUCAUGCGGAGCCCUAUGAGAAGCAUUAUCUAGUCGUGUUUUGGCAUUUGCGAUGCUAGAAUCAGCAUGGUGCGCUAGAUCUGUGAUGCUUCUGAACUAGCUAAACAGGACUACGCUACGAGGACAGACUUGUCAUGCCAAACAACGAAAGCUGGCUGAUUUGUCUAGCAGAUUUCCCAUCUUGACUCUGGUCUGGGGGCGUUUUUAAUCAGGAUAACCUACAGGCGCGAGAUAAAACUUUCGGACGUCCUCGCCGCACCCGACCCGCAGUCGCUGCCCAAGCGCCUGCUUCCGCACGCAACCACCUUCGGCGAAGAUGUGAGAACGCGAGAAGAGCCGUUUCUGCAGCUUGCUUCGGAGGAGAGAAACCGGCUGGAAGAUCAUGAUUUUUCCAACGGAGGCACAAAACCUUUCUCCCCGGAGGAGGGGCACCUUGCUGCAACUAAAGGACCUCCAGCAGCUUCUGUGCUGAUUACCACGCUGGCGGAUGAUCCCAAAAAGGUAAAAAGCACAUCUACACGCACCAGCACGACCCGACCGACCGCUCCAAUAGGCGGACCAGAACAUGAUGACCCGGCAAAUGAGCAUAGUCCCUCGGCCGCCGUGUGCCCCGCACUAUCCCAGCAGGAGAAGCGAGCACUCUGUCGGGAAUACGCCUUCUUGCUGUUCGGCGGCUUGGCAAAGAAGAAGGGCAAAACGUCCAUGGCGUUUCAGAAGAACGAGGACGGCGGCGGCAUCGUCGAGGGAGCCGACGCUGAGGGAUUCGUGGAUGCCGCGCUCGCGCGGAACGCCUACGAACUGCACGUCUUCCGCGCCAACCAAGGGCGCGAUCGGUACCCUGCGUAAAAACGUGCCCACAACUUGAGACUUGUCAUGCAUACUAUGUAUUUGUAAGUGCUUGCUGUACUGCUCAAAUUAUGUUUCUCAAUCUCAUGCGCGGCCCCAACAUAAGACGCCCAGCACUUAAAUGCUGUUUCGGAGUUUGUUCUGUUGCUAGAAGUGGGAUAAGAUGGAGGUCGAUCUAAUAUGAUGCGCCAACACUAGCUACACACAAGCACACUUAUUGUGCUGACCCAAGCGCAACAACUACAAGUACAACUUCCCUGUUGGUUUGGCGAGCGAAGUCGGCAUCUUCCUUCUGCUGUGGGUACUACGUUUUUACGCAGGAUAACCGGUUCGAUGUUUUCAUCCACAACUGGGCCCUGGCCGCCCGCGAGAAGCUGCGCCGCCUGUACAAGCCCGUCGCCAGUGUGUUCGAGCAGAACGCGAACCGGAAAAUCGAAAUCACGCGUCGCAUCUGGCCGUACGGGCAGCGGAAGUGCUACAAGGGCGACUACUUCUGCAUCCUUGCCCAGGUGUCCAUGAGUCUGUCCGUGCGGGAAGUGGUGAACUUGAUGCUGGUGUACGAGGCGAGAAUGCAGCCGUUGCGGCGCAACUGUGGCUGCAAAUCCGACAGGUACGAGUACGUCAUGGUGACGCGGGCCGACAUGCUCAAGUACCAGAUGAACCUGAUCUUCCCGAACACCUACCCCACCAGCCUCGUCAGCUCGGUGUCUCACACCGGCGACCACCACUGGGUGUUACCCGGGAGCGGCUACGCGGCGCGGCUGCGCAGCGCCUUUGACUACAGGUGGCAGGUGCUGCACGGGCGGGAUUUUGACGAGGACAAGUUCUUCAGCUUCUGGCACCGCGGCAAGUUGCUCAGGAACAUCGAGCAGCUGCGGGCGUACAGCGAAAACAGCGAGAAAAUGGUCGAAGAGUGGAGGGUGGAAGACGACGCGGAUUUCCGUCGCAUGUUUGACAAGAUGGACGCGGAAGAGCUCGCAAGAAAGAAAAGAGUCUGGAACGCCUUGAUUGUUCCCGACCGCAAAACCGCGCAGGGCUUUCAGCUCCUGGGCGAGUCAGACCGGUGGGUCCAGAGCCACCAGGUAUCCAAGUGCAUCACUCGGCGACGUGGUCCUUCUUCUGAACAUUUGUCCGGGUCGUGGUCGUGUUUGCAAAAUACUGUAGAAGUCGUGCUGCUCCUGCGCGAGUUUUUAUCAACCCUCAUCUAUGUCUACCGCGACUGAGUGUGCAUGACAAGAAGCUAUCUUUGAAAGGUUCCACAAAAGGAGCAUGGAUGUGUGUUUGUACUUACUAUCGCAGAAGGUGCUGCUACUUUUUGGUUUUCGUUUUCAUCAGUACGUGCUGAUCUUCACUUAUCUGCUUCUUGUUUUCAUUUCAACGCGGCCAUUGAUCAUACGCUGACGCUGAUCGCAAAUGGGGGGGAGGAGGAACAAAAACAGUCGCACUCUGAUACCAGGAAGACGCGGCGCAUAGCACGAUCGUGACGCAGGAAAGUCUGAAGCUUUUCGAGUCCACGCAGUAUUUUCACAACCUCAAGUCCCGGUUUCGGCCGAUCUUGUUGCCCGGUGUGGACAAGAAAAACCUGAUCUGGCAUAUAACCCGCUCAGGUGUUACAAUCUCAAACGUUACAAUAAAACAUGGAAAUCUGUGAUGCAAGAGUGCAUGAUCUAGCCUCUUCCCACAGGAUUACGCAUGACAAGUUUCGGAGCUUCAAGCCGCACUACAAUCUGGCGAAAUUUGUAUUGCAGAAAGUGGAACGCUCUCCGAGUCUGUCAUGCUCCUCAUGCAAUACAAAGCCCAGAUUCUAUUGUAACGUUUGAGAUUGUAACGUUUGAGCAGGUCAUGUGGCACAUCCGGUACUGGCUGGCGUCUUCUUCCUGGUUCGCGGAGUAUAUCCGCUUCGUAUCAUAUUGCAAGAAAAAAGUGUUACAGAUACACAUUGUGUUGCAAGACCGGCAACACAGACAACCUGUCUCAUGCAGGAAAGGCUUGCGAGCCUCGUUUCCUUCCUGUUUUCCAUUAUGAUCUUUGCAGUACAAGUUUUCUCUGCCACAAAGAGAAAAUCUGUGAUGCAGAAACUCCAACACAUGUGUAACUGUAGCGCUUUUUUCUCGUGAUAUGUCAAACUGGAAAGUGCCCCGCCCCGCCAGAUGGGCGGAUUCAGUACGUACAUUGCAAAGUUACUGCAUCAACUACAUGGAAAUAAUCUGUACAUAAGAGAAGAACGCGACUCAGUUUAUUCGUUUCAGAAUCGAUGAGCAAGCGCGCAAGUGUUCCGUUGCGGAAGUAAGUUCGCAACGCGAAGUUUUCCCAUUGCGGUCUAUCAGGGGCGCUUUGCGGGCCGAUAGUUCAACGUCACGUACGGCCACUGGCCGGCCCAAGACCUCGUCUGCGACCAGAAUAGCUUGGGGCUGCACCACGUGUACGCGACCGUCCCCCCGAUGCACUGGCGCGACACUGCGUACUAUCCCAAGAAAAGACUGUUUUGCAGGCAAGACACGACGCUGUUGCAGAUUUACUUUCAGCCGAGGUGACGUAAGCUAAGGCAAAAAAACCGAAACAGACACAUCUGAAGGUACAGGGUCUUGAGCACCACGUUGCGCAGGAGGACAUGGCUGUUCCGUCUUCCUCGUGUGUACUAUUUCUCCAAUUUCGCAUAGAUAGCGCGACUGUGACAACUCUUUGUCUUCGCAUACCGGCCUGGGAAUGGCGUACCGGCACUGGAGGGAAGUGAACGUGCACAAGGUCGACGGUUACGAAGACACAGAUGUGUACUCGCCACUGAAACACUAUGGCGACGCAAUCUAUUUCAGCUCCCAAUUAUUUCAAAUUUUGCCACCUCAACUUUAAAAUUAAUAUAGCUCUAUGAAGUUGGUGCCUUUUUUGUUUGAGAAAUAGACAGCGUAUCGGGUGCUUUUGCAUGAACUAGCCUCAUUCACCAAAGACUGCAGGCCCUGCUCCGGAGACCUGUUGCUCCGGCCUUUUAUUUGUCUUUUUGCCGCCUCAAGUGACCCCCUCUUGGACCCCCGGCCUUCCCGGACCCCCCUGAUAGCCGCCAAAAAGCCGUACUGGUUUGGCAAGCCAUGCCAGCGAGGGAAGGGGAUUUCUACCCCCCUCCGGUAAACCACUUUACGACCCCCCUUCAAGCACCCCCCUGAAGGAGGGCCCCCAGCCCCAUCUUUUUGCCUUGCUUGUUCGACAGCGCAGGACCAGACAACUUUUGUGAAUUUCGCUAAGCUGCCCUGCAAAGAAUCGAGCUACUGGAAAGUCACGCCGUUGCGACACAAAUCAGGUGCCUGAAGUAACUACUCAGAGCUGAGGCCACAAAAUUUGAAAUAGUUGGAGGCUGAAAUAGUUUGCGUCGCCAUAAACACCACGAGGACCAGCUUUUCGCGGCGGGGAUCCGCAGCGGCAAUUAUGGCGUUGUGCUGCGUGGGCGCGGCGAGGGCAUGGAGGAAAUGGAGUGCUACGCAGAGUUCGAGGAGGACCAGACGCACCCGGGGAAGCUUCAGGUGAAGACGCUGCCCACGACGACUCCUACCGAAGGAAGUGAACAACGAGCUCCCCUUGCGUCGUCGGCGCAAGUUGGUGGAGGAACCGCAGGAGGUGCCGUGAGGGGCACGAGGAAAACGAAUCCUUCGAUGAAAUUGUUCGACCAAAGGUUGUGGCCGAGGCUGACGUCGCUGCAGAAGCUGCAUCUCCUGGAGACCUGCCGGAGGGUCCGGGGUGGGGCGGCGACCAAUUUUUACCGAAGCGAGGAUGUUGAGGACCUCCCUGAGAGGACUAACGGCGAGUCCUUCGCCUCGGAGACGUUUUGGUUCGAGGACGCUUCUGCCGAGUCUGCGGAAGCUUUGUUUGCCCGCAUUGCCCGGAUGGAGAAGGCCCCGGGUAGCGAUUUCGGUGCGCAGGAACUCUCGGAAACGUUCCAGAAGUGGAGGAUUUUGCUUGAAAAGGUGAUCCGGCGGCUAAACAAUCCCAAUGCGUUCAGGCACGAGCAACGGGAGCAAGCAGAGGACCUCUCUAAGAAUACAGCCGCACCAUCUCGUAGCGCAGAAGGAGCAGUAGAACAAGAACCAGCUCGGCCAGCGGACAACCCCUCGGCGAUGAAGGCCAGUCGGGCGUCGUCUACGUCGCCUGCCCCCCCGGAAUCCGAAGUGCAAGUCUUGCAGCCUGCUGCACCCGAACUCCUGUAUUUGCAUCCGGAGCAGCAGUUUUUUCGCAUCCAGCUGGACCUAGAUGCUGCGAUCGAGGCCUCGGACGAACACAAGCAAGAUUUUGCGCGCAUCCGGUUCCUAUCAAAUGCAAAAAUGUCUGGGUCUGGGAAAUUGCGAGAUUACUAUCUAAACUGCAGCAGCUGGUAAAAAAUGCAUGCGAGGGGUAUGUUCGGGGGUAUGUUCGGGGGUGUGUCAGGGGUAUGCAAAUGCUCCUCAAUCACGGGCGGACUACAAUUUUUUGCCGAAAAACCAACAGGUGGGGUAUAAACAUACCCCAGACAUACCCCAGACACACCCCAGACACACCCCAGACAGACCCCCGAACAUACCCCAGGCAAAAAGUCCGAACACACCCCAGACACACCCCGGACAUACCCCGGGCAGACUUUCGGACACACCCCGGACAGAAUUUUUGACACACCCCGGACAAACUUUCGGAUUUUGUCAUGUGAGGGUUGACCCGAGGUCCAGUCUGUCACGCGAGACCGUGCGGCCAAGGGGCGAAAGCCCUAGGGCAGCGCGGGGACUCUGUCCCCGCGUCAUGCCCUAGGGGCCAGCUGGGAGCGCUUUCCGGACACCGCGCGGCCAAGGGGCGAAAGCCCUAGGCCAGCGCGGGGACUCGGUCCCCGCGUCAUGGCCUAGGGGCCAACUGUGGGCGUUUCCUUUCCCGGACACCGUGCGGCCAAGGGGCGAAAGCCCUAGGCCAGCGCGGGGACUCGGUCCCCGCGUCGUGUUGGCCUAGGGGCCAGCUGUGAGUGCUUCCCGGACACCGUGUGGCCAAGGGACGAAAGCCCUAGGCCAGCGCGGGGACUCGGUCCCCGCGUCAUGGCCUAGGGAGUCCCCGCGUCAUGGCCUAGGGGCCAGCCGUGAGCGCUUCCCGGACACCUUGCGGCCAAGGGGCGAAAGCCCUAGGCCAGCGCGGGGACUCGGUCCCCGCGUCAUGGCCUAGGGGCCAGCUGGGAGCGUUUCCCGGACACCGUGCGGCCAAGGGGCGAAAGCCUUGGGCCAGCGCGGGGGCCCGGUCCCCGGGUCAUGGCCUAGGGUUCAGUUCUGGGCGCUUCCCGGACAGCGUGCGGCCAAGGGGCGAAAGCCCUAGGCCAGCGCGGGGACUCGGCCCCCGCGUCAAUCAUGGCCUAGGGGCCAGCGGUGAGCGCUUCCCGGACACCGUGCGGCCAAGGGGCGAAAGCCCUAGGCCAGCGCCGGGACUCUGUCCCCGCGCCAUGGCCUAGGGGCCAGCUUUGAGCGCCUCCGGGGCAGCCGGCGACCAAGGGGCGAAAGCCCUAGGCCAGCGCGGGGACUCGGUCCCCGCGUCAUGGCCUAGGGGCCAGCUGGUGGCGCUUCCCGGAAACCGCGUGGCCAAGGGGCGAAAGCCCUAGGCCAGCGCGGGGACUCGGUCCCCGCGUCAUGGCCUAGGGGCCAGCUUGGAGCGCUUCCCGGACACCGUGCGGGCAAGGGCGGGGCGAAAGCCCUAGGCCAGCGCGGGGGCUCGGUCCCCACGUCAUGGCCUAGGGUUCAGCUCCGGGCGCUUCCCGGACAGCGUGUGGCCAAGAGGCGAAAGCCCUAGGCCAGCGCGGGGACUUGGUCCCCGCGUCAUGGCCUAGGGGCCAGCGGUGAGCGCAUCCCGGACACCGUGCGGCCAAGGGGCGAAAGCCCUAGGCCAGCGCCGGGACUCUGUCCCCGCGCCAUGCAUGGCCUAGGGGCCAGUUGUAGGCGCUUCCCGGACAGCGUGCCACCAAGGGGCGAAAGCCCUAGGCCAGCGCGGGGACUCUCUCGGCCCCCGCGUCAUGGCCUAGGGGCCAGCUGUGAGCGCUUCGCUCCCGGGCACCGUGCGGCCGAGGGGCGUGCGAAAGCCCUAGGCCAGCGCCGGGACUCGGCCCCCGCGUCAUGGCCUAGGGGCCAGCUGGGGGCGCUUCCCGGAAGCCGCGUGGCCAAGGGACGAAAGCCCUAGGCCAGCAUGGGGACCCGGUCCCCGUGUCACGGCCUAGGGGCCAGGUGUGGGCGUUUCCCGGACACCGUGUGGCCAAGAUAGGGACGAAAGCCCUAGGCCAGCAUGGGGACUCGGUCCCCGUGUCANAUAGGGACGAAAGCCCUAGGCCAGCAUGGGGACUCGGUCCCCGUGUCAUGGCCUAGGGGCCAGGUGUGGGCGUUUCCCGGACACCGUGUGGCCAAGGUAGAAGCGAAAGCCCUAGGCCAGCGCGGGGACUCGGUCCCCGCGUCAUGGCCUAGGGGCCAGCCUUGAGCGCUCCCCGGACACCGUGCGCCCAAGGGGCGAAAGCCCGAGGCCAGCGCGGGGACUCGGUCCCCGCGUCAUGGCCGAGGGGCCAGCUGGGGGCGCUUCCCGGACACCGCGCGGCCAAGGGGCGAAAGCCCUAGGCCAGCGCGGGGACUCGGUCCCCGCGUCAUGGCCUAGGGGCUAGCUACGAACACUCCCCGGACUGACACCACACCGCGCGGCCAAGGAAGGGCGGGACGAAGAUAGAAAAGCCCUAGGGCGGUGUGGGGCUCUGUCGCCGCGUCAUGACCUGGGGCGGGGCCGGCUCCAGGCCCGGCGCCAGUUUCUUCUUUUCUUUUAUCUUUGCGCGCGGCAGGCUAAUGAAUCUAGUGCGCGCAAGCAGGGGAGCCGCGUCCGCAGGCCCGUCGCGGGUCAGGGAAUGCAAGGCGCACCGAAAUACCUAGCACUAGCUGCAGGCGACCUGCCUGCCCAGUGUCACCGCGCAGACAAAUGCCGGAAGGUCGCCGCACGGGGACUCUGUCCCCGUGCUCGGACCUUGUUUGUCAUGCAGAUUUUUCAUGAUCCAUGCCGUCUGGAAUGCAGGACCUAGCAUGACAGAUUCUGUGAGACCCCUAUCAUGCCUAUCCUGCAUGAGAAACCUCCUCCCAACUUGGUCAAAAGUGGACAACUUUUGGCAUUCGUGCGACACAGAUUUUCGCACGAGCCAGAAUUAGCAUUACAUUUACAAGCGGCGGAGGUCUGGGGUGAAUAUGAGAAGGCGCUGCGGGACGCACUAGACCAGAAGUGGCCCCAAGAGCGGAAGGGUCCAGGAAAGCCCUGGAUUUCCGAGCACACGUGGACGCUCAUCCAGAAGCGCAGCAAGAAAAACACCCGGGAGGGGCUAACGAAAGCGGAGCAGCGAGAACUGGCGAAGGCAGUGAAGCAGGCAGUCCGGGCAGACAAGAAGCGCUGGGUGGCCGACAAGCUCGAGGAGCUCAAAAAAGCGGAAAACAGAGGGGACGCGCGCGCAACCUUCGAGGUCGUGAGGCAGUUAGCAGGGCGGAGCAGAAAGGGGCAGCCGGACAGGCUCCCGGGAGGCAACGCCAAGCACGUCGAGUUUUGGCGCUCAAUUUUUGGCGUGCCGAGGCCGGAGCCGGCUCAGGAGCUAAAGGAGACCGAAACGUGGAAGGAGUGUGAAAAGGAAUUCAACAGCAACAACGCGCGACCGCCGUGGGAGCAAGCUUUCCAGGAGAUCACAGACGCCGAAAUCGACAAAGGUAUCAAAGAGUUGAAACCCGGCAAAUCAUUCGCCGGGUGCAUGCCAGCCGAAUUCUUCGCAAGCAGCGAGUUGGGCCGGCGGGUCCUUCGCGAUGUAGUGAAGAAGAUAUUCGCAGGGGAGAAGAUCCCGGAAGAAUGGUUAGAGGCUUCGAUCACACUCCUCCAUAAAGCCGGAGCAAAAGGGGAGCCAAAAAACUACCGCCCGGUGGCGCUCCUCACGGUAGGGGAGAAGCUCCUCAGCCUCCUCAUCCUCAACCGCAUAAAGGACGCGGCCUACGCAAGCAUCGACCAACGACAAAAAGGAUCAGUGGCGGGAAUGUCAUGCAGAAGUGGCGUGUUUGUACUCCUCCGCCGCCUCGAGCAGGCCAUACGAGACGGCGAAGACAUGGCGUCGAUCUUCAUAGACUUCUGCAAGGCCUACGAUUCGCUUUCGUGGGAAAGGAUGCGCAGAAUCCUGCAGAUGCAAGGAAUGCCCCCGAGCCUGGCGAAAAUACUCGAAGAGCUAUACGAUGGCGCCAGCAUGCGGCUGAAGACAGGCCGCGGGGAACUUUCGGAGAAGAUCGGCCAGAAGUGCGGAAUCCGACAGGGGUCGAGCUUGAGCCCGCUCCUCUUCAUUCUGACGCUGGACUGGGCGAUGAGGAUGGUGACAAGAGUGCUAGUGCGCAAAGGAAUCUUUAGCACCUCGGCCGAGACGGUGGAACUUGCUCGGCUGUCCUGGCUCGGAUAUGUCGACGACCUCGUCAUUCGCACGCAAAGCAAAGAACACGCGGCAACGGCACUCACGGAGCUAAUGGCAGGGUGCGCAUUCGUCGGGCUAACCUUGAACGCGGACAAGACCGAGGCCAUGACGUUCAACCUGCAGCCGGCGGAAAAAACGAACGAAGAAGCACGGGAGGAGCGAUUCAAGUUUCGGGAACUCGACGGCACAGAGCGCAGCGGCUGGAUGGUCGAGUGGAGUGGGGCGGACCUGCGCCCAGAGCUAAAACAAGGAGCGAAAAAGGCGCCGCGGAUGGACAUGGGGCUGAAGCCCACUCACCUACUCGCCUGUGAUGAUGGGUCCUUCAGCUGCUGCAUCCUGAAGCAAAGCGGGUGGGCAACAGUGCGAUGGCGAUGGGCCGAAGCGCCGGCAAGGCUCAUACGCAUGGGCCGCGUCCGGUUUGUCAAGCAAGAGAAAAACGCAUUCGUCUGCGACAGGUGCGGCGACAUCCUGAGCGACCAAAAAGCACUGACCUACCACAAGGCGACGGGCUUCUGCCGACCGGCAAAGACAGAAGAGGAAGAGCGACAGCUCCGGAUAGGGCGGCAGAUCCUGGAAAAACAGAAGGCAGAGCGUGCGCGGCAGCUCGUCUCAGCCAACCUAACCACCUACAGCGGGGAAGAGAUCAAGGCCGUCAGCUUGUUCAAGUACCUGGGCACGCAAGUAGAAAACAACGCGGCGACAACGAAGGAGAUCGCGAGGCGCGCCGGCAUGGCGCGUGCCACGGCCCAGGCACUGCGGGGCAUCUGGAGAGACCGAGACAUCUCCAGGAAGUUGAAAGCGACCUUAUGCCAAAGCCUAGCCAAUUCCGUCGCAUUAUACAACGCGGAAACCUGGCACCCGCGGGAACACGACCUCAAGGCGCUGCGGUGGUUCCAGCGCAGUACUUCAAAAACGGUGGAAGGGGGAAAACGCGCAUGGCAGUACGCACAAGAGGAAGCGGAAGGAGCAGAAGAGUACGCAAGCCGGCUCGACCUCUGCAACAGGACGGGAGUGCCGCCGAUAGAGACCAUCUGAUCCUGCGGGAGAGACGGGUAGCAUGGACAGCGCACACCUACCUUUCGCAACCCCAACGAAGCAUGCCACCACCUAACGAAGGAAGAGACCCGAAAAAACACCCCCUGGGGCAGGAUGGUAAAAGAGGACUCCGAAGCCAUAGGCCUACCAGUCGACGGGUUCAUGGACCUAAAGCCACAGCCAGCGGCCCACGUAGUGAAGGCACACCUCGUAGCAAAAAGGCCCACGAAGCCGCUGCCGAAGCAGCAAAAGACCGACAGGAGAGGAAAGACCAAGGCGUGCAAAGCAAGGACCGCCCGACAAAACGAAAAUAUCCGGAAGCAAAAGGAGGAGGCCGAGCAAAAACAAGCAGCCAGAAUUCAUAGCGAGUAUCAGCGGCAGGCGCUGGGAAAGAGCUCCCAACACCACAGGCAGCGCCUGGCAAACCGAAAAAAGCGACGCCGAUCCCGAUCCCGUGAUGUUCCAAAUCGACGCCGAGGAUUUCUGUGAGAAUUCGGGGCGGACAGAAUACCGAGUGUGCGGCAUCUGGUUCCAAAAGAUGAGUGACGGAACCUACGCUGCGCGCUGAAGCGUGCGAGCGAAGAUUCUUAGCAAAGCGAUACACUUGUAAGCACAUCCGAGAGAGAACGAUGGGAAACCGAUGGAAGAACUUUUGAAGAAGGAUAAUAGCUUGCGUGAGUGAAUGGUGAACGUAUGCAGGGCAUUCGGAGUGGACUGGAGAGACGAGGCGGAUCUGAAGCGGUUUCGACGCGAAUACGCGGAGAGACGGAACAGCAUCGAGCCAGAACCCGGCCAGCUAUUCGUAGCAACAGAUGGCGGCCUAUGCGACGAGACGGGGCGUUUUUCGGCUAGCUUCGUCAUCACAGGCAACACGGGCCCGGACACGAUUCGCCCCGCUGCUGCCUCCCGUACCCUAUCGGGCGAGCUGAUCGAUGCAGGAGGAUGGGGCCUCGCGUGGAGCUGCGAGCUGAACGUGGACAACCCAUACGAAGCGGAGCGCACAGCGGUUUUGGGGGCCCUCCAGAGGAUUGCGCAUUUCAUACGGACGGCGAGAAACGAGGACGACGCGACGGACAUCGAGAGGGUGUUGCUAUUGGUCGACAACUCGGGCGUCAUCUCAGCUGCACGGGCCUACACGCGCUCACCCAUGACCGCGGACAUACGCAUGGCGAUCAACGAGAUACACGACGAAUUGUCCGACGGUGGCGCUGGAGUUCCUGCGGACGCCCUCCCACGUAGGGGUGAGGCUCAACACCAUGGCGGACGAACUGCCGAAGUUAGGCGGCAGCCGGAGGAGCGGCGACGGCGAGUUCCCUACCACCCGCAGAACCCUUAAAACCAUCAAGGCGAAGGCCAAGCAGCUGGCGAUGGACGAAAGGAAGGAGAGCAAGCCGACAACGGGCUAUGGCCUAAGCAAGCGACCGAGCAUAGUAGGGGCCUACUCGAGGAAGUGCGCCGUCUUGCAGGGGCAACGUGUCGAGUGGGCGCGCUGGGUCCUACUAAGCAUUCACGCAGGACUGGUAGCCGGAGGGCCAGAACGGAAUCCCCUGGCGCCGAUCGUGUGCAGAAGGGGACAGGCGGGGCAGUACGGGUGCAGGAACUGCGGCAAGAAAGUGGGCAGCCUCCCACUAGUCGGCCACCUCAUCUUCGGCACGUGCAAUUUCUCGGACGACAAGAGACCCCCGGAGCGUGAAAACAUCCAGAAAGCGACGCACCUAAACGCCACGACCAUGCCGAUCGUGGCGGGCGACCUAUUGGGGCUGCCAGUGGGGAAAGAGCGCCGAUCGUACGUGAUGAGGCCGCAGCGGGAAGACGAGAAGGAAGAUAUCCGGUCCCCGCGCACGAGGAAAAUAGUACGGAGCAUGCGCAGGCACUACGGGGAGUGGGAGGGCGACAGCGACUCCGACCCAACGCCGGACGCACAAGACGAAGGAACCCAGGAGGACGGAGAAGGCGCGGAGACGAGUAGUUAGACAGUAGACUAGCAGGCUUAGAGUACGUUUAGAGAAAGCAGAACGCAACAGACACGACAAGAGCGAAACAGGCAGGCAGGACAGAAAGAAAAAGCCUCGGACAGAACAGAAAGAGGCGCGGCAAGCUGCAAAGCAGCAAAACAGGCACGCCCAGAAGAAGAGCCGAGGGGCCUGGUCUACGCAGGAGCAGGGGGCGUCCCUCUCCCGUAGGACCAGGGCGAAGGAAAGGCGCAAAAGAGGCACCUAGCAGGAGAAGGAGACGCGGAGGAGGCCAUGCUGUUGGGGUACACCUGUCGGGGCCGCCGGCCUGUUCGCUUGCGUUUGUUGCCCUCGGUGCGUUCGUCUGUAGUUUGUGGUGCUCGUCGGUAUGCCAAGUUUCUCAGCUGAUCGGUCUGCCGUGGUAGCCAUGAGUUUGUCUCUGUGUCGGACGUUCGUUCUCCAGAAAUGCCUUCCGCCUGCGCGUCUCAUCUCUCGUUGCCCUUCUCGUUUCCACGUGCCCACAUCUUCCCUGUCACGCGUCCGUCAUGCUGUUGCUCCCCUCCCCCUCCAGAUGACAUUAGCUUUUAGACCAAGGCCAAAGCGGGUAGACGCCACCGUUGGCUGCCGGCCUACGCGACCUCAUCUUCGUCCUCGCCGACAGUUUUCCGGUACCAACGAGGCGCAGAUGCGCGAUUUCCGCGGCGAGGGGCGGUCGGGGGCGAGACGGAAUGUAUCCAAAUAAGAUGAUAAAUCCGGGCUCCCAGCAACAACCACGUGCGCCCGCACAGGGGAGGGGGAAAAUUUUUGCCAAAGAGAACAAAAGAAGGCCACCCGGCCGGCCUGUGGUGCCCGCUGGGUACCGAGGAGCCCAGCACGAUGGGCACACCUAUGCAUGCCCCCUAGCCCGGUCACAGGUUGUAUCAUAAUAGGCAUGCAAAUCCUCGCCCUAGGAUGAGAUCGUCCCCAUUGGUUCCAUUUCUGAUGAUGAUCGGCCCCAUUGUUUCCUGCGCCGGAUUCGCACCUGACCCAUUAGCGUUCGUUAACCCCCGGGCUUCUAGUCGGGCUCUUGAUCUCCGGGUCUUCUCGAUUGGCUCUUGCCAGGGUGGGCUUCGUGCAAACGUGUGCGCGUUGUUUCUCUAGCGUGAAAAGUCGGGCCCGCACGCCGGCCGCGCUAAAGGCUGGCGCAUCGUAGAAUGAGUGAAUGAAUGAAGUUGCAUCCUUCCAAUCCCAUACAUUUUUGCAAUGCAUAGCUCCUCCUCCGCCCCUACCGGGGGGUGGUGGACCCCAGCCCGGAAUCCAUCACGAAUGUAUCAAGACGAAAAUAAGUUGUAUGCCCAGGGCCCCCAGAACUGCAAAGUGUCCCGCUUGUGAAGUUUUUAUUUCCCCUAGAGUUGUAAUGCGGGUAUUUACGGUAUUAUAUCGAACAAUGAAGUGUACUUCAUCUUUUUUGUUCUAUUCUCAUACUGACGCCGAAUUUAUAGAUGCAUAGCGACGAGCUGUCUGUGUGAUCUCAGAAUACCACAGGGGGGUGACAUCUACAACGUUGCUUCUAUUUCGGUAUACGAAAUGAAACGAAUGCGCCGCAUGCAAGGAGGACAACAAGUUUUUCAAAGCUAGUAUAUUUAUCUAUCAUGAUACAAGCAAUCUCUCGGGACAACUGGGUUCUUGCAACUACUUGUUUUGAGUUUGAUACGACCGGCGGGACCGGAACGCGUUCUUGCCCUACUACCAGAAGUUUACUCGCGUUCCGGCUUGGGAAACCCCGUCCGGCCUACGAGUGCUGCGGCAGACCUUCGGGCCGAGGGUACACCACACCCUCGUGGCCUAUACCAAAGACCAGCUCGCCAGUAUCGGUCAGGCCGCUGAGGAACCUGGUGUGAGCAGCACACUGCAGACCCAGAUCUCGUCGUCGGUGUCAACAUCUGCUUCUCCGACAGCGGAAGUUACCACUUCUAGCGGUGAACAAGCGCACAAGGAAAAGAAGAAGAGAAAGAAAAUCAACUUUGGCGCGCCAACAACGCGUAACGUUACGCCACGGUGGCGGCCGUUAUCAAACAUGAAAUUACGCCACCGCCGAACCGAGUUGCAACUUGUAUCUAAGUACAGUAUUUGUUCAUGAUGUUAACGUACGAACCGGGCUAUGACAGACUGCAGACGGGAUCAUGUAAGUAAAAGAUACUCAACGGGGACGCCCUGUUCGUAUCAAGACAAAUUUGUUUGAGAAGAGAAUUCCGGCGCGCCGUAGAGUUCUUCUCGCACGACAAAGAAUUGUGUACGACGAGGCGUGCGUCUGCAGGACGCGACGCUGAGCACUAUUUCUUAGGUCAUCAUGACGAAUCAUGUUGUUCAGGACUACAGAUGCGCUCCUAGGGGCGGGGGCGCAAUUGUGUUGGAGGGUCUUUUAUGCGCAGCCAAAACCGCACGUGGAUGCAAGAGAUUCUCAACAUGACAAGUGGGUUCAAUCCCGACUACUGGACGGUGGCGAAGGUGCUGGAAACCUUUCCAACCGUGAGAGUGCUGCCGCGGAUAAACAUGAAAGACAACAGAUUCCCGGACAUAAAGGAUGAUUGGGAGUUAAGGCACCACGUUCGGUAUCUCUUACAGGAACUCGCCGCUUUCGCUUUUCGCACCACACAUGCAUUAAUAAUUUUACCUAGCAUGCGAUAAUGAAAUGAGCCUCCCUGUUGAGCGAAUGUGGUGUGGUAAAAAUCUAAAUCAGUGGUCCACCCGCAUCGGCAUUGUUGAACAGUGUGACAGCACUAUGGGCUUGGCCUUGACAAACACGCCUAUAUACUUAAAUACUUAUAUUGCUUUUGCAUGCUUGAUGACACGAAACUGACUGUGACAACCGAUUGCAAAGGCAAUAAUUUUCUGUGUGAUACUUGGCAAAUCAUGGAACCGGUUAUUUGGGUCAGCAACGCAAAGCCAAACUCUUGGGAACAGGAAAGUUGGUGGGAAUGAAGAAAGGGCUUCGACCGCUCUGCACGAGGUCUCUCAUAGUCGAAGAGAAUACAUCCAAUUGGCCCCCAAUGCUGCAUAGGUUCAUCGCAGGGUGUGUCUUCACGUCCUGUUUACUAUCUGAGUCUUCAUCUUCGUGAUAACCUGAAUGAGUGCUGCUCAAUACUUACAUUCAUAUGUAGUGAGGUCACGAACGUUCUAUCCUAGCUGUUUUUUUGACAUGUCUCAUCCAAAACGACCGGCAGUUUUCAAGCGGACGGAAGUGUUUUUGGACAUAAAAGAUUUUCAAUUAUCAAGCGGCCAGAGCUUUAGCGGCAAAAUACCCCGAGCGGAUUGUAUCGAUUCCCCCUUGAUAAAACGACGCAGGGGAGCCGGCAAAAGGGGCGCCCUUCUGAGGCGCCCGCCGCCUUGGUUUCUGGCGGUUUGGGACGCCCAAAAAGGAGCGCCCAAAAAGCAGCAGUCCGAAAAAAACAGCGAGUCCGCAUGGUAUGGGCCUCAUUUAGGCCCACACUCCGGCCCUGCAAAAGACGCAACAAAGAUCCGCCAUUUCAGAGGCAGAGUGAAGGCCAGAAGAUGCGGCAUUUUAACAAAAAAACAAAAAAGACCAAAGUCCGCGAAAAGCAAAAAGCCAAUCCGCAUGCUAAGGGCCCGACUUGGGGCUCCCAAGGGGCCGACCCUUGUGGGGGCUCUGGCGGGGCCAUAGCACGCGGGGAAGGAAGGUUUUUCGAUUCGAAACCAAAUGGAGGCCAGCGCUGGAUCGAGAUUUUUAGCGACCGCCGUGCCGUCGUGCAUAACAUUACUCACGAUGGCAUGGUGGGCAUAGAAGUCGCGUCUUUUUUUGGUGUGAAGACAAAAAAACCGCCAUGACCUCACUACCCCCGCUGAGGCGGCUAUUAUUGGUAGUGUCUCCUGCUGGCCACAAAAUGCAUUGCGAUUGACGUAGCACUGCUGAAUUUUAAUAAAGUUCUUGCAUCUUGUUCUACUUCGAAGACCAUGUAGUCAGAUCCUGGGUGCAUGAGCGCUCGGCGUAUCGGCAUCGAAGGGGUUUGUCGUGCCUUAUAACGCGGAAGCAGAAGAAAGAAACCCAAGUGGAUCUUCAUUAUUGGCAAGACGAGAUGGGGGGCGCCGCCCGCACUGGGAUGUACAUCGCUUUCACAAAUCGCGCUGCUCGUGUUGAAAUUAACGCUGAAUAGAAUGCCGUUGGGUCACAGUGUCUUUU